AUGGAAAACAUCAAUCAAUAUUUUAAAAGUUAUGAAGAACUUGAUGUACAUCAAUUAAUGCUGAGUGAUACAGUUAGAAACCUUGCUUAUAAAAAUGCAAUAAUGAAUUGUAAACAUAUGUUUAAAGACAAAAUUGUUAUGGAUGUUGGUGCUGGAACAGGAAUAUUAUCAAUAUUUUGUGCACAAGCAGGUGCAAAGAAGAUUUAUGCAAUAGAAGCAAGUAACUUAAUAAAACUUACUGAACAAGUUGUAAAAGAAAAUAACUUAGAUAAUAACAUUACACUAAUCCAUAGCAGAAUAGAAGAUAUUGAUUCAAAUGAUUUGGAAAAAGUAGACAUCAUAAUUUCAGAAUGGAUGGGAUUUUAUCUUGUACAUGAAGGCAUGUUGAAUUCUGUCCUUUUUGCUAGGGACAAUUUCUUAAAAGAAAAUGGCAUGUUAUUUCCAUGUAUUGCUAAAUUAUAUGCAUCACCAUGUCAAAUACCAUCAAUGUAUGAAUUUUGGGAUGAUGUUGAUGGUGUCAAUAUGAAAUGUGUUGGAAAAGAAUAUAGGAAAACAAAAUCAAUGAAGCCUGAAAUAAUAGUUGUAGAUGAGAAAGAUCUUUUAACUGAAGGUAAAUUGUUAGCCUGGCUGGAUUUACAGUGCAUCAGCAUUGAAGAAUUAAAUCAACUUGGGGGAGAAGAAUAUAUUUCUGUCUGUAAUAAAGAUGGAAGGUAUCAAGGAGUUUGUAUUUGGUUUGAUGUUGAAUUUCCAGAUGGGUCAGAAUUAUCUACAAGUCCUUUCCAUAAAGUUACCCACUGGAAACAAACUGCCAUUGUAUUACCCACAGAUAUAGAAGUAACAAAAGAUGAACCCAUUGCAUUUAAGUUAGAGCUGACUAGAAAUAGUAUUAAACCUAGACAGUAUAAUAUAGAAUUGGUGCUUUUGGAUGCAUCUGAAGUUGAACAUGAAGUUCCUUGUCCUUGUCAUAUGACAAAGUGCAUUGUUAUGAAAACAUAUAUAGCAGAACAUAAUGGAUCCAGCGAUGAAGAUUCAAUAAAAAAAUGAUAUUUUUUUAGGAAAAGCUACUCAAUGAUUCUUCAUCCUUUGAUCAUAGAAACAUGUGAAUUAACUAAGAGAAAUCAAUGUGAUCAGAAGUCAU